CGCCCCCGCCCCGCAGUCACAGGGAAAAUGUUGCCGAGACACAAUGACCCAACCAUGCGAAAUCAGUGGUAAAUUUAACCACGGGUGAACAUAGAUUGAGUUAUAAAUAAAAUAGUGCACCGCCAGCAAUAAAUCCAAUACCUAUCAAACUCCCAUGCCGAUUAAAAACACAGAACAAAAACCCGACCGUCCCAUUUGCUCGUGAAACGCGCUAUUCGCACCAGCCGCAGCAGACAACACCGGACCAUCUGGGCGGGACAGAAAUAGCCUCGCGGCGGGGGGGCGGCUCCUCGCGGCGGGGGGGGCGGCAGUCUCGCGGCAACCGCCGGCGCGGACACCGGCAUGGCGUCCGUGGCUGCCUGGCUGCCGUUCGCCCGCGCCGCCGCCAUCGGCUGGGUGCCCAUCGCCACGCACCCGCUGCCGCCGCCGCCCGUGCCCAAGGACCGCCGUCGCGCCGAGGACGAGAAGCUACUCAUCAACGUGUCCGGCCGCCGCUUCGAGACCUGGCGCAACACGCUCGAAAAGUACCCCGAUUCCCUCCUCGGAUCCACCGAGAGAGAGUUCUUCUACGACGAGGACUCCAGGGAGUACUUCUUCGACCGGGACCCGGAUAUCUUCCGACACAUACUAAACUACUACCGCACCGGCAAGCUCCACUACCCCAAGCACGAGUGUCUCACGGGCUACGAUGAGGAGCUUGCCUUCUUCGGCAUUCUUCCAGAUGUCAUUGGGGACUGUUGUUACGAGGACUACAGAGAUAGGAAGCGGGAGAAUGCCGAGCGUCUCAUGGAUGACAAGCUCAGCGAGGCAGGCGACCAGUCGCUGCCGCAGCUCACGGAUCUGCGCCAGAAAAUGUGGCGCGCGUUCGAGAACCCGCACACGUCCACGGCGGCUCUGGUGUUCUACUACGUGACGGGGUUCUUCAUCGCCGUGUCGGUGAUGGCCAACGUGGUGGAGACGGUCCCGUGCGGGCACCGGCCGGGCCGCGCCGGCACGCUGCCGUGCGGGGAGCGGUACAAGAUCGUGUUCUUCUGCCUGGACACGGCGUGCGUGAUGAUCUUCACGGCGGAGUACCUGCUGCGGCUGUUCGCGGCGCCGGACCGCUGCAAGUUCGUGCGCUCCGUCAUGUCCAUCAUCGACGUGGUGGCCAUCCUGCCCUACUACAUCGGGCUGGGCAUCACGGACAACGACGACGUGUCGGGCGCCUUCGUGACCCUCAGAGUGUUCCGGGUGUUCCGCAUCUUCAAGUUCUCGCGACACUCGCAGGGACUCCGCAUCCUCGGCUACACGCUCAAGUCAUGCGCCAGCGAGCUGGGUUUCCUGGUGUUCUCGCUGGCGAUGGCCAUCAUCAUCUUCGCCACCGUCAUGUUCUACGCGGAGAAGAACGAGCAGGACACCAACUUCACAUCCAUUCCGGCCGCCUUCUGGUACACCAUCGUCACCAUGACGACGCUCGGGUACGGCGACAUGGUGCCCGGCACGAUCGCCGGCAAGAUCGUGGGCGGCGUGUGCUCCCUGUCGGGGGUGCUCGUGAUCGCGCUGCCCGUGCCCGUCAUCGUGUCCAACUUCUCGCGCAUCUACCACCAGAACCAGCGCGCUGACAAGCGGAAGGCGCAACGGAAAGCGCGUCUGGCCCGCAUCCGCAUCGCCAAAGCCUCAUCAGGCGCCGCCUUCGUCUCCAAGAAGAAGGCUGCCGAAGCCCGCCUGGCCGCCCAGGAGUCAGGCGUGGAGUUGGACGACGCCGGCCGGGACGAAGACAUCUUCGAGUUGCAGCAUCACCAUCUACUGCGUUGUCUGGAACGCACCACGGACCGUGAGUUCGUGGAAAUAGAGAACCCUUUCAACGGUGCGGCCAAGCGGCCGGGGUCACCGUCCCCGAUGGCGUCGCCGGCCCACUCGGGGCGCGCGCCGGCGCUGCUGGCGUGCUGCGCGCGCUGCGGCUGCUGCCCGCAGAAGUAUCAGGUUCUGCUAUUAGACUCGAGUAAGAAGGUUCGCAUCAAGAGCGGCUCACGAAGAUACACCGCCACGUCGAGGCCGUCUGACACGUCAGUCUCAGCGGCGGCCAGUGACGAGCCGUUAGAACAAGCGUGCGGAAAAUACAUUCCAGCUGGAAGCACAGUGCAAAGUAACCAGAAUACAGGUCUGGACGGAACUUAUUUAGUGGAAGCAUCUUUCUAGGGUCCGACCUCAAACUUGCACUCCGAAAGCUAUGUGUGAGUUUAACUGGACCUUCCGUGACGGAAGAUUAUACAUACCUCCGGGGUAUAACUAUAAAUAAUAGUGACGUUUUUCCUCAAUUGCCAAAGACUAUGGUGUUAUAAAAAAUAAAUCAGCAAUUAUUAGUUAUAAUAAUGGAAUGCGUGUGUUUUAACAAAAUACUGCCUAAUGUUAACUAUCACGUUUUUAUGAUGAUGUUUAGAUGACGAUAGAAAGUGUUUCCUUUUCCUUCUCAGAUUUUUCUGUGAAAGGUUGUAUUUGUGCAUUCAAUGACGAUGACGGUAAAUAUGAUAAUGUUAAUAUGUUGAUUAAGGUGAUAGUAAAUUAAUUGUCAGGUGAAGUUUAAAAUAUAAAAAACAAAUAAGUAUAAUAAACUACAUAACUUGUAAAUUUCUUAAUACCGGCCAUUUGAAAUCUUACAAUUUAUGUUAGUAUAUAAAUACUUAAUCAUUUGUUGUACAUAAUUUAAAUGUCACAUUACACUCACAACUAUAAUAUAAGUAAAGUUAAAACUUUUCGUCAUUAUUGCUGGAUACAACUUACCUCUUAAAAUAUCUAUAACAACGAUAUACAUUUACUGUUUUUGUGUUUUAUUUAAUUUUGAGAUGAUUGUAGCUGUUUAAUAGAGACUAGUGCAAGUCAUAUCAAUGUUAGAGACAAUUUAAACGAAAUAUCACUUAUUUGACUGCUGAACUGUUUUAUUAAAUGAUGUAAUGAUUUUAUCGAUAUCAUAACCGUCUGAGAAUUUAAGACACAUUCUAUUCUAGCUAAGUACAUAAUGUAAUACAUAGUCUAAGGCAUUGGUUUCAUCUGGGGUCCAAGUAUGCGCAUUAUAUGUUUAUAUUUCAAUUAUAAUUGGUUCGCAGUUUCCAAUUAUUUUUAAAUUUAAAGUAACGAUUAAUUUAUACAAGACGUGUGUGUUUGUGUCGUUUCAAUGUUUCAAUCUUAUUGAAAGUUUGGUUUGUCUUUUAUUUCGUAUUUAAGUCGCAUAACCCCAAAUUUCUUUUGUAUAAAAAAAUUAGCACACUUUAGUGCCUUUGAAAUCUUUUCCUUAAAUCAAUAAUUAAUUAUGAAAAUUGUUACUUACUUGAUGUUAGUGAGACUAUAGGUUGAUUGAUAUUGUAUAAAAUGAUACGACUUCUCAGUCAUUGUUCUAAGUGUAAGUAUUUACGUACCUAGUUAGUACGUGUAUUAAUUUCACUGAAAUUUAAAUAUGUAUCUAUAUAAGAACAUACAUGGAAAACUCGGUAAGGUUCUAUUGGUAAUCGAGUCCGAGUAAUUAAGUAAUCAUUUUUUACAAAUUAGUUUUAAAAACAUUUACACUUAAUUGGUGAUUGAAAUUAAAACGAUCUAGUGUUUGCGAAUUUAGCUUGUAAUUACUGAAAUAAUUAUAUAUAUAAAUACAUUGAUUUUUAGAAAUACAUAAACGAAUAUGAUCGGAGAGACGAGUAUUGAGUAGUGUUGACUACAUUUUAUUAUUAAAUUCUCAGUAAGUAAUUUUAAAUAACAUGAUAAAUUUUAACACUUUGUACAAAGUUAAGGUAAAAAUAGGUGUUCAUAUAAAAAAGAUUCCAGUCCCUGCUGCACGGCCACCCUUAUCGACGUAGAUAAAUACACUAUAUCGUGAUUCGCGUUAAGCAUAUCUGUGAGUUUGUUUACGUCGAUAAAUAAAAGUUGCAUUGGUAUAAUGUAAUGGCAUUUCUUUUGUAAAUGUAAAUACCUACAUACAUACCGGUCAAAAUCAUAACCCUCCUUUUUGCUUCGCGAUUGUCGGGUAAAACAUAAAAAGCUUUGCAAUUGCAAAAGUGUUGGAAUCAAAUCGAAUGACAUAAUAAUAUAUUAUAAGUAGGUAUUUGUCAAAAAAUAUUUUUGUCAGAUUCAGUCAGAUGCAUAGGUACCCGCGUGCGCGUUGUAAAAAAAACUUACGUACGAGAGUUUUAAUAAACAUUGAGGAACUUUUUUAGUAAAUUCAUUAUACUUUCGUAUGGCUUGUUUUAUUUACUAUGAUAUUUUUUUUCCUAACUAGUGUGUUGUUAAAACAUAACAUAUUUUGAGGUUACUACUAGUUACUACCUCCAUACUAAGUACGAACGCGGGGUAUAGGAUCCUAAUUCGUAUAAAGUAAUAACGUUUAUAACUCUAAAAGUCAGAGUUUAUAGAAUAGUCAUAAAAUCUACUAUGAUUGUUCCCAUUAAAAUAUCUCGUUAGUAUGAAUUCUUGAAUAACUGUAUGAAGUUAGCUAUUCUAGGAAAUUGAUGUCUUAUGAAUGUAAUAGUGAUUGAACUAUUUGACUUAGAUAGAUGAAUAUAUGUGGUUAUGAUAGAAAGAUAUGUUUAAAAUGAAUGUAGGUUUUUAUAAAAGUAGUCAAAACGAGUUGUACCUAUUAAUAAUGGUUUUAUGUGACAAUUGUUUCUUACAGCAUUGAAUGCAUUCAAUUUUAUCGAUAUUAUGCAUUACGAGUAGGAGAUUAAUUUAGAAAGGUAUUUGUAGGUUUAAAAUCCAAAUUCGACAAUGAGGACCUACCGUGUCUCUUCCAAAAUUUGCCUCAAUUUUUAUCAAAAAGCGAUAUGCCAUCGUUAAAUAACACACAAUGAAUACUCUUUAGGUAUAGGCUUGAAACUAGAUACCUACAUAAUAAUAAUAAUGACUUUUUCAGUGUCGCCCCAUUCAAA